AUGGAUUAAACUUUAAGUAAAAUAAAUAACAUGGCUGAGAAAGCAAUGUUGGAAUUACAGAAGCAGCCACUAGUAACAUGGAAUUCUGGCUGUUUAAACACUUUAAAAUAUGUAUUAAAUUGCUCUAACAGAUAUUAGAUAAAUUAAAAUCAUGUGUUGAAGAAUAAGGAUCUUAACCCUGAGGCUUCAUUAUUGUAAAAAUUAUCAGCAAAUUAUGCUCUUGUUUUUGACAAGGUUCUUGAGAUAAAUUCAAGGAAAGUAGUGAAUGCUCCUGAGUUACCUAUUGAAUAUUGUUAGAGAUAGCCUAAUUCUACGAGAACUGUCUUGGGUGGAACUGAAGUGCAGAAUUUUAAGAUAUUUUCUUAAAAACAGUCAGAUUUCAUAGAAGCAGAAUAAACCUUCAAAAUGAAUAAAUAGAAGAUCUUUAGGAAGAUGGAAAACAAAAGUACAAGUACUAGUGAUGAUGCCAUGAUUAAAUUGUUUUAGGGUAACAUACAAAAUGAGACAGAAAAAGAAUUGUUGAGAAUUUAAGAAGAAAAUGAAGCUAAUUUGAUUGACUUAAGAAAACAAUUGAAGUUAAAAGGAUUGUGGUCAGAAAUAACUAGUAGUCAUGCCACAUAAAAACUAAAUGAUCUUAGUAGGCAUAUGGAGAGGGAAACUUUUAAGAACGAUUUAUACAUAACUGAUUAAAUAAAGAUAGCAAAUGAGAUAAAGGAGGAAGAGGAAUUCGAUAUAAAAAAAGAAGUUAAAGAUAAGAUAUUGUUGGUUUAAAGGAAAACAGCAGAAAGAAUAAUGAGAGCAGCAGAGAGAAAAAUUAGACUUGAAUAUGAUGCAUUUGUAAUGAAAAAAACAACAGGAAUUUUAGUAAAAAACAACAAGAACUAAAACUUUUAAAGAAUUGAAGAAUUAGAGAGAUUAAUAAGGGACAAGAAUGAUUAGAUAGUUGAAAAGGAAGCCAAAAUUAAUUAAUUAUUUUAAAAAUUUGAGGAAUAAGAGAAGAAAUUUGCAGGUUUACUAAAAUAGAUUGAUAAUUAUAAAGUUACUUAAAAAAUAGAAGUGUGUAAUACAAUAGUAUCUAAAAAUGGAAAGAAAUCAGAUGUUGAAGUUUAGGUCUCUAUGAUGGAUCCAAGAGUUGAGUUAUUUGAAUUGAGAUUAUAAGAAAUUGUGGAGGAAAAUGAUGAGAUGAAAGAUGAAUUAAAAUUAUUACAUGAAAAAGCAUUGGAAGAUAAGAUGUAAAGUUUAAAUGAACCAAAACAAAUAGAAGAAGUCUUAUUAUUAUUACUCUAAAGUGAUUUGUCACCUGAAAAUAAAAUAAUCUCACUUAAUACUCUCUUAUAAUAUAUAAAGGAUAAUUCAGCUGAAGAAAUUGCAAGAUUAGCACCAAAUGAGUUAUAUCGAAUAGUGAGGUCUAAAUUAAAAUUUAAUUGUGAAUCUCCAUUAGAAAAACUAGAUGAAUUAUCUGGAGAUGAAGAUGACAGUUAUGAACAGUAAUCUAUAACAAAGAAAAGAGGGAGAGAUAAAAAAAAAAGAAUAAGUCACAUCGAAAAACCAUUUGAUGCCUAGAUACAAGAGUCAAUAGAUCUUGAUAAAAUUGCUACAUAAAGAAGAUAGGCCUAAUCAGAGACAGAUGAUGAAUAAAGCAGAAUAUAGAAAAAAUAAUUAAUCCAAUUAAAUCAGAUUGAUGAUAUAAAUAAGAAAGCCAGUGUUAAUAAAUUAAUUGAAUAAGUCAGUAGCCCCAAAUCUACAAAUAGAUCUAAUAUCACAUUUAGAUAGAAAUAAGGAUAUCUAAAGACUAAUCGAAAUAAUAGUGCUGUAAACAAUGAUAGUUCCAAAAAGGAUUAAAAUUCCUCUUCUGGAUAGUUUGGAAUUUAAAAUAGUAGACAAACACUUACAUAAUUAGAAACCAAAAGUAAUAAGUAAUCCUUUACAAAUUUCUCAGCUAAAGAAUUGAAUUCUUAGAAAGGAGAAAAACAACAUAAAAAACCAUCAAUUAUGGAUUAAAGUGAUAUUUAAUGUGAUUUUUAUAAGUAAAAUAAAACAAAAGAUAUUGGAAUACAAGUUUCAUUUAAAUAGGAACCUUAGAUUCCUCCUUAAUAAUAAUAAAAACAUAUUUAAUCUCCUAUUUAAUAACCAUCAAAGUAAUAAGAGGAGAAGGAAAAAUUAGAAGAGUAGACUAAAAAACUUAGUGAAUCGUAAAUUUACAGAGCAUAAGCAGAAUCUAUUUCAUAGAAGAAUACUUAGACAGAUGAUUUCUUUUUAUGGAAUCUUUUUUAGAAAAUGGCAGGUGAUCUUGGUCUCACAGAAGAUUAAUUAAAAAGAUUGGAAGCUGCAUUUUUAAAUGAGUAAUAAUUUAUCCAUUACUAUGAAAAAACAUAGUCUUAAAAAUUGAUAACUAGAAAUUCUACUUUAUAAGGUGACACUUUAGGAGAUUUCAAAAGGGAUAGUUUAAAGAAUCUUGAUAAAAGUAUUGGCAUUAGAAAUUCAAUUAAACUUAGAACAAGUAGUUAAUAAAAUAUAUACACUAAUAAUGAAUUAAUAGACAAUUAUGCCUAUUAAAAAAAUGAAAUAGAUGACGAUUAAUAAAAGAAUUUACAUACCCAACCAACUACAUGGCAUUCACCAGUUGUCAGUAGAUAACAAAGUUAAAUAGUAUUUUCAGGAUCUUAAAAUUAAAAUAAUAACUUUGGGUCAAUAAAUCAGCCUUGGAGUCCAAAUGGAAUUGGAAAUGGCUUAAGAUCAAACAGUCCAAUGAAUCCAAAUUCAAGUUAAGGUAUUAGAAGUGUCAGUCAGCUUAUAAACACAGGAGAUAAUGUUCAUAUCAUUACUUAUGGAACUGUAUCUCCUGCUGAUUAAGUGAACAAGAAUAAACAUAGAACUACAUCUUCAAGUUAGAAGCUUUUAGAUGACAUGCUAAAAUCUAAGACUUAAAUUUUAAAAUCACCAGAAUAAUAAUAGAGAGAAUAAAAAGAACAGCAAUUAUUCUUUUCUGUCUUUGGUGAUGAACUUCAAAAUGAUGAGGAGUUUGAUCUAGAAGUCAUUCGACAAAACAUGGGAAAGCCUUUGGAAAUAAUGUAGGAUCAUCUUAAAGAAGAUUCUAUUAAAAAAUUAUUCACUUCAUUGGCUUAAAAGGAAAAAAAUUAAUGGAAAGAUUAACUUUUCUUGAUCAUUUCAAAUUAUUGUAAUAAGAGUGUUCAAACAAUCACUUAUUUCGAUUUCAAAAAGUAUUAUGAAAAUUAUAUGAGAAUACAUAAAAGAUGUGGUGAUGAAUGCAUACACAUUAAACGAUUUUUAGCCAGAAUCGGAUUCGGAUUUGUUAGCAAAAGAAAGGUCUUGAAUAUGUCCAAAUAAAGUGUAUCUCCAUUUGAAUAAUUACCUAAACUUAAGUGAAUAUUAAUAAAAUUAAUUUUAAUAUAUAUAGUUAUAUA